UUUAUCAUUAUUUAAAAUAUUAAUCAUUUAAUUUUCUUGAAUUGCAAAAUAUUAGUUCAUGCAAGGAACUAUAAAGAAGUGUUCUAGAAAGUGGAGUAAAAGUAGAAAAGUCCACUAAUAAAUGGUGAUGGAUUCGGGAAAAGCGCAAAAUCCCAGCCAAGGCUUACUUUAUGAGAGAGCUUUACAUACACUCUUUGCUUUAUCUGCAAUCAAAAGUUACACAAAUUGGAAAAUAUCAAGUGAAGUUGAAUCCGCUGGAAAAUUUGAUGAUCUCGUAUUUAAAUCAGAUGAAAAGUGUAUGUUGUUACAAGCAAAAGUUCAAAGUGGUGUGAAGUACACUAAAGAUUUUAUGACAACUAAUCCCAAAAAAAGUGAUUUCAGUAUCGCUAAGUAUUUUCUAUCGUAUUUAACUUUAAGGAAAUCUUUUAAAAUUACUCCUAAUUCCUUAAUACUAUGUACUGCUGCUAAGUUAAACGUUGCCGAUAUUAUGGAUAAAUUACCUGCUGAUGAAAACUUGCAGAAAAUAUUUGGUUCCGAAAGAAAAAUGUAUAAAGCUCAAAAUAAAGAAGGAAUGGUUGACAAGUUUUUAGACACGAUAAAACAAUUUCAAGAGAAGAUUAAUGAAAACGAAAAAGACAAGGAAGAAUUGAAGAAUUCGGAUAUCAAUACAGAAGACAUCAAAACAUUCAUAUGUUCUUUUGUUGUUGUUAAAAUUGAUCUCAUGAGCAUCAAAUCGUUAAUUGGAACUAAAUUAAAUGAGCUCGGUUAUAAGUUUCCAAUAUCAUCCUACGAAUAUGUAAAAGAUCGUGUAGAAGAGUGGUAUCAUUUAUCAACUAACAAGUUUGUGCCUAUGACAAAAGACUAUUUAAUGUUUAUUUUGUGUGGGGAACAUAAUCGAAAUUUUUUUCAGGACUUAGUUAAUACUAACAUUUAUUUCAAAGAAAGUCAUCAAUUUAAUUCAGAUAAUAUUAUUUGUGUUCAAAUACACGACAAUAUUGCUAUCGCUAUGCACCUAAUAAAAAUUUUAAGAAGCAUUCAAAAAUCAGAAAAAUCGUAUUUUCCGCUAAAAGAAAACAUAUUAUGUUUGAUGCAGGAAAAAGAAAAUAUAUUUCAUAAAAUGAAAUAUACAAUGCAAUAUACAGUUCUAUGUGAUAUGAUAAACACAUUCAAAUGUGACAACAUGAAAUACUUAGUUGUUUCGUUCCUAUCACUUAAUAAAUUUCAAACAUUAGAAUUAUAUAAGAAAAUAUGUGAUCUUACGAAGGAAAACCGAAAUAAAAAAGUAUUUAUAAUUAUUAAAGAAGAUUAUUUACAAAGCAGUAAACCACUAGUUAAAAUAAUUGAUGAUAAAAUAUACUUCAAUUCGCUAGAAAGUGACACACAAAACUUCAUAUUAGACAAAAAAAAUUUGUUUCAAGGAGAAUUGGUACCAUUAAAGGAUUUAAAAAAUAUCAAAAAUAUUAUUAGAGAAAUUGAUGAAAUUGAAAUCAAUGAAUGUAUUGAAAAAAUAAUAUUUAACAAAGAUUAUUACUCGAUAGGUUGUAAUUUCCAAAAUCAAUCAAAACCUGAUGAAUUCUAUAUUAAUAGAAGCCUGAUGGAUAACUCAAAAAUAUUUCCGGAAAAAGACUUUUUCGAAAAAAUAGACAAAAACAUAGUUGUUAUUACAGGUCCAUCUGGUGCAGGAAAAACAACUAUAUUGAAAAAAAUAGUAAAACUUAAAAAAGGUAAAGACGAAGUAGAUUCCAAAUUGACAUGGAUAAUUAAUGUUGAUUUAAGAAAGACUAAACAAUUUUUCCGGAAGGAGAUCGAAAAAAACAUGACUAAUCUAUUGUGUCACAAUGAAAAUAUCACUGCCAAUGUCACUCCUGAUAGCUCAUAUUUAGCUCAUUUAGAAAGAAAACUAAUUGAGUCUAUGGAUAAAAUUUUGAUUAUAGACGGUCUUGACGAGAAUAAUUAUUCGGAUGAUAUAGAAAAAAUACGAAACUUAUUAGCAGAUCAUAAUUCUCUUCAGGCCUUGAAUAUUUCUUUGGUUAUUAUGUGUGCCAGAGAUUACGAUUGCAUCUUAAAACAAUUAAGAGAUUUGCAUAGUUGUGAGUUAAGACUGAUUCCGUUUUCACCUUCUGAGAAGUCUUUUUAUCUCAACGAACAUCUUAAAGAAAUAAUGUCUGGAAAUAUUAAAAAUGAUUUAUUUGAGGAGGUGACAAAUUCUGCUCCUGCAUUUGAAGCUAUUUGUUCAACGCCAUUAUCUCUAGAAAUGGUUGCUAAAAUAAUAAAAAAUAAAGUAUCUAAAAACAACUGUAUUGAAUCCUUGUCAAAGAUUUUCGAUACUGUUACAAACAUAUGUGACUUUUAUAGUUGCUAUUUACAAGUGAUCAAAGACGAAUUUGCACAAGAUAACGAUAAACUACGUGGAGCGUUUGACAGGUACUAUAUAGACUCGUUAAGAAAAUUUGCGGCGAAAUGUAUGUUUUCUGAUUUUCCGAACCUUUUAGAUUUGCUUAAUGUUGAUGAUAGUUAUGAGAUUAAUAAAGAUGCUUUAAAUGUUGGCUUAAUAAAGGAAUUAAAUGGAGAGUAUAAAUUUGUUCAUAAAACUUUUGAGGAAUAUUUUGCAGCAGAAUUUCUAUGGGAUUGCCUUUGUAAUAAAAAGAAACAGCGUCAUGAUUUAUUGCUCGAAGUUCUUAAUACAGUGUUUUUAAAAUCUGAAUAUUUGGGUGUUUUAGAUUUUAUUGAGGAAAUUCUGAAAAUUAAUCCAAAUGAAAAAAUAUCCAAAAUAUCUUCGGAAUACAAUUUGGCACUUACUACGGUAAAUUGGAAAAAAGACAUAUCACUUUUAGGUAAUCAUGGAAGCAUUUUUAUUAUUAAAUUAGUUUUUGAUAAUUACACCAAUUUUACUAAUCUUUUAAAUAUGGAAGAUAAAUAUGGAAGAGGUAUGACGUUAGUUUUUUUUUUCCAUCAUCCAUCUGUAGUCAAAUACUUUGUAGAAAAGGCGGCAAAGUUCAACAAAGCAAAUGAAAUCGCUUUAAAUAAUUUAAAUGAAAUGCUCAGAUGGAUGCCAUACAUACAAAAAAGUUAUAAAGAAAAUAAUAUGGAUUUAAUUAAAUUUUUAAUUAGACAAUGCACAUUAGAGGAUUUAAACUUACUUGAUAAUCUUGGAAAUACACUCAGUCAUUAUGCAGUGGAGAAUAAUUCACUUGAAAUUAUAAAAUCUCUUAAAGAGCAGGGGGCAAACCUAAGAAUUACCAACAGGGAAAAUGCUACUGUUGUUCAUAUAGCUGCUGGUCUUGGUGCAUUAGAGGUACUACGGUAUUUAUUAGAAGAUUGUAAAAUGGAUGUUAACGUUUCUGAUGUUGAUGAAAAUUUACCGGCUCAUUUGGCAGCUUCCAUAAAUAGUGUUUCCAAUAUUCCAAUUUCCAAUAAAUGUAAAUUUUCUUUGAAUUGCAGGGAUAUAUAUGGACAUACGCCUUGUCACACAGCAGCUGCUAAAAAUGCACUGAAAUCUAUAAAAUAUCUUAAAGAGCAAGGGGCAAAUUUAAGCAUUUUUGACAAGAAAAAUCGUACAGUUGUUCAUGUAGCUGCUCAAUUUGGUUCAUUGGAGGUAUUACGGUAUUUAUUAGAAGAUUGUAAAAUGGAUGCUAACGUUUCUGAUGAUAAUGGGAAUUUACCAGCUCAUAUGGCAGCUGGUAACGGUAACCUUGAGAUUCUGAGAUAUCUUAAAUCAACUGGAAUUGAUUUAAAUCAAUGUAAUAAUGUGGGAUAUACUUUAGUACAUAUGGCAGCAGCAGGUGAUGCAGUUGAUGUUCUAAACUUUCUUGAAAAUGAAUGUGAAUUAUCUUUAAAUAUAGAUGUAUGUGAUAAAUAUGGAAAUACACCCAGUCACCACGCAGCUGCUAAAAAUUCAUUUAGAGCUAUAAAAUAUCUUAAAGAGCAAGGGGCAAACCUAAGUAUUACCAACAAGAACAAUGAAACAAUUGUUCAUAUAGCUGCUGGUUGUGGUGCAUUAAAGGUACUACGGUAUUUAUUAGAAGAUUGUAAAAUGGAUGUUAACGUUUCUGAUGUUAAUGGAAAUUUACCGGCUCAUUUUGCAGCUUCCACAGAUAGUGUUGAGAUUUUGAGAUAUCUUAAAUCAAUUGGAAUUGAUUUAAAUCAAUGCAAUGAUCGAGGACAGACUUUAGUGCACAUAGCAGCAAGAGAUGAUUCAGUUGAUGUUCUAAAGUUUCUUAAAAAUGAAUGUAAAUUUUCUUUGAAUUGCAGGGAUAAAUAUGGACAUACGCCUUGUUUCCCAGCAGCUGCUAAAAAUGCACUGAAAUCUAUAAAAUAUCUUAAAGAGCAAGGGGCAAACCUAAGUAUUACCAACAAGAACAAUGAAACACUUGUUCAUAUAGCUGCUGGUUGUGGUGCAUUAAAGGUAUUACGGUAUUUAUUAGAAGAUUGUAAAAUGGAUGCUAACGUUUCUGAUGAUAAUGGGAAUUUAGCAGCUCAUAUGGCAGCUGCUAGAAAUAAAGUUGAGAUUUUGAGAUAUCUUAAAUCAAUUAGAAUUGAUUUAAAUCAAUGUAAUAAUAAUGGUCAUAAUAUAGUGUAUAUGGCAGCAGGACGUGAUGCAGUUGAUGUACUAAGCUUUGUUAAAAAUGAAUGUAAAAUGUCUUUAAAUUGCAGUGACGAAGAUGGACAUACACCCAGUCACCAAGCAGCUUGUAAUAAUGCACUUAAAUCUAUAAAAUUUCUUAAAGAGCAAGGGGCAAAUCUAAGCAUUUCUAGCACAUUAAAAGAAACAGUUGUUCAUACAGCUGCUGCGUAUGGGGCAAUAGAUGUACUACGUUAUUUAUUAGAAGAUUGUAAACUUGAUGUGUCAGUUUCUGAUGUUAAUGGGGAUUUGCCAGCUCACAUGGCAGCUGAAGGCAAUAAAGUUGAUAUUUUAAGAUAUCUUAAAUCAAUUGGAAUUGAGUUAAAUCAAUGUAAUAAUAAAGGACAGACUUUAGUGCAUAUAGCAGCAAAAGCUGAUGCAGUUGACGUCCUAAAAUUUUUUAAGGGUGAAUGUAAAUUUUCUUUAAAUUUAGACUUAGGUGAUAACUAUGGAAAUACACCCAGUCACUGUGCAGCUGCUCAUAAUGCACUUAAAGUUAUAAAAUAUCUUAAAGAACAAGGGGCAAAUCUAAACAUUUCCAACAAGAAAAAUUAUACACCUGCUCAUACAGCUGCUGAAAAUGGCGCAUUAAAUGUCCUACGAUAUCUAGUCGAAGAGUGUAAAAUAGAUUUUACCGUUUCUGAUGUUAAUGGGAAUUUGCCUGCUCAUAUGGCAGCUGGUGGCAAUAAAGUUGAGAUUUUACGAUAUCUUAAAUCAAUUGGAAUUGAGUUGAAUCAAUGUAAUAAUAAGGGACAGACUUUAGUGCAUAUAGCAGCAGCAGCUAAUGCAGUUGAUGUUCUAGACUUUCUUAAAAAUGAAUGUAAAUCUUUAAAUAUAGACUUAUGUGAUAAAUAUGGAAAUACACCUAGUCACUGUGCAGCUCGUAGUAACUCACUUGAAACUAUAAAAUAUCUUAAGGAACAAGGGGCAAAUCUAAGCAUUUCCAACAAGAAAAAAUAUGUGCUUGUUCAUACAGCUGCUGAAAAUGGCGCAUUAGCGGUCCUACAGUAUCUAGUAGAAGAUUGUAAAAGUUACCGUUGUUGAAGUUGAUGGAAAUUUAGCGGCUCAUAUAGCAGCUGGUGGCAAUAAAGUUGAGAUUUUAAGAUAUCUUAAAUCAGUUGGAAUUGAGUUGAAUCAAUGUAAUAAUAAAGGACAGAUUUUAGUGCAUCUUGCAGCAGCAGCUGAUGCAGUUGAUGUUCUACACUUUCUUAAAAAUGAAUGUCAAACUUUAAAUUUGGACUUAUGUGACAAAUAUGGAAAUACACCUAGUCACUGUGCAGCUCGUAGUAAUUCGCUUGACUCUAUAAAAUAUCUUAAAGAGCAAGGGGCAGAUUUAAGCAUUUACAAGAAGAAUAAAUCUACACUUAUGCACAUAGCUGCUGGGUCAGGCGCAUUAGAGGUACUACGGUAUUUAUUAAAAGAUUGUAAAAUGGAUGUUACAGUUUCUGAUGUUAAUGGGAAUUUACCGGCUCAUAUGGCAGCUGAUGGUAAUAAAGUUGAGAUUUUCAGAUAUCUUAAAUCAACUGGAAUUGAGUUGAAUCGAUGUAAUAAUAAAGAACAGACUGUAGUGCAUAUAGCAGCGGCAGCUGAUGCACUGGAUGUUUUAAACUUUCUCAAAAAUGAAUGUAAAUUUUCUCUAAAUUUAGAUUUAUGUGAUAAAUAUGGAAAUACACCCAGUCACUGUGCAUCUGCCCAUAAUGCAUUUAAAGCUAUAAAAUAUCUUAAAGAACAAGGGGCAAAUCUAAGCAUUUCCAAUAAGAAGAAUUAUACACUUGUUCAUACAGCUGCUGAAAAUGGUGCAUUAGAGGUACUACGGUAUCUACUUGAAGAUUGUAAAAUAGAUGUUUCCGUUUCUGAUAUCUAUAGGUGGCUACGGGCUCAUACGUUAGCUCCUCGUAAUAAAGUUGAGAUUUUAGAAUAUCUUAAAUCAAUUAAAACUGAGUUAGAUUAAUGAAAUAAUAAGGAGACUUUAGUGUACAAAGUAGCUGCAGCUGAUGCAGUUAAUGCUUUAAAUUGUAUUAAAAAUUAAUAUUUAUUUUCUUCAAAUUUCUUAGAUAAAAAAUGAUUAAAAAGAUAUCAAUUUUAGUGCAUAAGAUAUAGCAAAUGGGUCAAUACUCAUAAUUUUGAGUACUUUUUAGUUGUGUUAAAUUUGGAUAUAAGCCCAGAUCUAUCCCCAAUAAAAACUAUUUAAAACUGUAA